CCUUUUGCAGCCCCCUCGCAUACCUCAGAUCUUUCAUGCUAGACCGUCUCCCCCUUUCGCGAGCCGAGGGGAAUCGUCCAGCAGCGCCCGCACUCUGGCGCGGGGCAGCCGUACUCGAGAUACCCGGCGUUUGACGCGCGCUGUCUGGCUGGAAUAUCGAAACUGGUAUGAGCUUUGGGCUUUUUUAUUGAUUGCAGCGUGGCCGAAUGUGGAAAAUAUGAUGCCUGCCCGAGCGUCUCUCGUCAGAGGCUAAGGUCAGCUUCCAAGAGGCCAUUGGAAAGAGACCGUCACGUGACAUCUAGUGCCAAUGUUCUUCCAGAAGGUCGUCAGGACCCUGGUAGCCGGUAACUCGAUUUUUGGAAAUGCAGAAAACGACCUACUACGACAACUCGACACUUUUCGGAGGAUACUCGUACCAGGGGACAAACGGUUUUAGCUAUGAUGCCCCGGCACCAGCCUUCCAGAACUCAGUGCAUCUUGAGGGUGACUACCAAAGGUCUGCAUGCUCCCUACAGUCGCUCGGCACCAGCGCACCCCCACAGCCUCAGCAUGCCAAGACGAAAGAGCUUAAUGGCAGCUGCAUGCGGCCCAGUCUGCCACCUGAACACCACCCACCCCCCCAGGUUUCCCCUCCUCAGAACGCUGUAAACGUUGCUGCCUCAAAUGCCACCCAGCAGCCAGGCGGCAGCGGUGGUGGCGGGGCCGGCAGUGGGGGCACGGCCAAAUCGUCAUCCAAGUCGUCCUCUCUGGCCCCAAACCCAGCUCUCGCGAAGCAUAUCUUUCCUUGGAUGAAGGAGUCACGUCAGAACACCAAGCAAAAAAACAGCUCCCCUAGUGCAAGCUCAGCUAACGCGGAGAGCAGCGGUGGUGAGAAAAGCCCUCCGGGUUCUGCAGCUUCCAAGAGAGCACGCACCGCUUACACCAGCGCUCAGCUGGUGGAGCUCGAGAAGGAGUUUCACUUCAACCGAUACCUGUGCCGGCCGAGGCGCGUGGAGAUGGCCAAUCUGCUCAACCUUAGCGAGCGGCAGAUCAAGAUUUGGUUCCAGAACAGGCGGAUGAAGUACAAGAAGGAUCAAAAGUUGAAAGGCAUCGGCUCGUCCUCAGGGGGGCCGUCCCCCACAGGAAGCCCACCUCUCCCAAUGCAGUCCUCAGCUGGUUUCAUGAACUCUAUGCACUCAAUGGGCAGUUAUGAUGCUCCCUCCCCACCAUCUUUUAACAAGCCCCAUCAAAAUGCAUACGCCAUGUCAACAGCCUAUCAGAACCCAAUGAAAGGUUGCCCCCCCCAACAGAAGUAUGGAAACACUGCACCGGAUUAUGACACACACGGGCUACAGGGUAACAGUGGCACCUACGGGACACCAAACAUGCAGGGUAGCCCCGUGUAUGUGGGAGGUAGCUAUGUUGAUGCCAUGCCUGCCACUGGGCCUUCUAUGUAUGGCCUCAAUCACCUACCACACCACCAGUCGGCAAGCAUGGACUAUAACGGUGCCACACAGAUGCCGGCGAACCAGCACCAUGGACCGUGUGACCCACAUCCGACAUACACGGAUCUGUCUGCACACCAUCCUUCUCAGGGUAGAAUCCAAGAAGCACCCAAGUUGACUCAUCUGUAGCAGGUUUGGACAAAAAAAUAAAAAAAACAGGAAAAAUAAAGAAAAAAACGAAAGGAAGACAAGACGAAACAGACUAACCCAUGGGGCGAUGCAAUGGGGUUGAAAAAGAUGAUCCAGUGGUUUAUUGCCAUGACUAGAGUUCAAUGUUGUCCUUCCAUUCAUACGUGAACAUACCUGAAUUUAGUAUCCAUAGGUCUAAAUACCCCUUUAAAAUGACACACUUCAUGAACAGUGGCUAGUUUAUGCCAAGGAAUAGACUGUCUAGCUGUAUGACCUCAUUACAUCAUCCUAAAUGUUUGUGUACUUCUUCAGCAUUAUUGCUGCAUUCCUCACACUUUGGAGGGCGGUACGGUAUAGCUUACAUUUAAACUUACUGGUGCAAGAAAACCACUGGAUUGUUUUCGUCCACCACCCUUAUUUCACAUACCUCUUUUUUUAAACGUCUCAAAAAACCAGUCGAUUUUUUUAUUAACUUGUUCCCAAAACAGCAGUAGACUGGCACCUUGUCUUUAG